AGACGAGCGACGUGUUUGUGUUGUGUUCCCCGUCUUUUUGGCUGUUUUUGCCUUUCGCGAGUAAUAGUUUGCAUCCAGUUGGUAAUUGAAGAGGGGGCAGAAAAGGGGAGCUGCCAAAAUGAACUUGUGCAACUUGAGACUUAACGUCGUUUUCGUGAGGCAGUGCUCGACGAUUUAUACGUCUGGCAUUCUACAAAACAAAUGUACGUUGAGAAACGUCCCCAGUUGUUUCAGUAGUCCAGCACAGAACUUCCAGCGAACAAUGAGCUCCACUGGACAGCGAGGAUCGCGCGAUAGCUCUGGAAACCCCAUGGCGGCAGUUCCAGCCAGCGGGGCUGCGGGGGUGCCUCCUUUCCAGCAUCCCCAUUGCGACCGGCAGGCUAUGUACGAACAACCGGUGCGAAAAAUGAGGACCAAAGGAGGAUCCUACGACUACGACCUAAUUGUGAUCGGUGGCGGAUCAGCUGGCCUGGCCUGCGCCAAGGAGGCGGUGCUGAAUGGCGCCCGCGUCGCCUGUCUGGACUACGUGAAGCCCACGCCCACGCUGGGCACCAAAUGGGGCGUUGGUGGCACCUGCGUGAACGUCGGCUGCAUUCCCAAGAAGCUGAUGCACCAGGCCUCCCUGCUCGGCGAGGCUGUCCAUGAGGCCGCCGCCUACGGCUGGAACGUGGACGACAAGAUUAAGCCCGACUGGAACAAGCUGGUGCAGUCCGUCCAGAACCACAUCAAGUCGGUCAACUGGGUGACGCGCGUUGAUUUGCGCGACAAAAAAGUGGAGUACAUCAAUGGACUGGGCUCUUUUGUGGACUCGCACACCAUGCUCGCCAAGCUGAAGAGCGGCGAACGCACAAUCACCGCCCAGACCUUCGUGAUCGCCGUGGGCGGCCGUCCCCGCUAUCCGGACAUUCCCGGAGCCGUGGAGUACGGCAUUACCAGCGACGAUCUGUUCAGUUUGGAUCGCGAACCCGGCAAGACUUUGGUUGUGGGCGCUGGCUACAUUGGCCUGGAAUGCGCCGGUUUCCUGAAGGGUCUCGGCUACGAACCCACCGUCAUGGUGCGCUCGAUUGUGCUGCGUGGCUUCGAUCAGCAGAUGGCCGAGCUGGUGGCCGCCUCGAUGGAGGAGCGCGGCAUUCCCUUCCUGCGCAAAUCGGUGCCACUUUCGGUGGAGAAACAGGACGAUGGCAAGCUGUUGGUCAAGUUCAAGAACACGGAGACUGGCGAAGAGGCCGAGGACGUUUUCGACACGGUGCUGUGGGCCAUCGGACGCAAGGGUCUGGUUGAGGACUUGAAUCUGCCGAAUGCGGGAGUCAGUGUGCAGAAGGACAAGAUUCCAGUGGACUCGCAGGAGGCCACCAAUGUGGCAAACAUCUACGCGGUGGGCGACAUUAUCUACGGCAAACCCGAGCUGACGCCCGUGGCCAUUCUGGCUGGUCGUCUGCUGGCGCGUCGCCUGUACGGCGGAUCUACCCAGCGCAUGGACUACAAGGACGUGGCCACCACCGUGUUCACGCCGCUGGAGUACGCCUGCGUCGGCCUGAGCGAGGAGGAUGCCAUCAAGCAGUACGGCGCCGACGAGGUGGAGGUGUUCCACGGCUACUACAAGCCGACCGAGUUCUUCAUCCCGCAGAAGAGCGUGCGCUACUGCUACUUGAAGGCGGUGGCCGAGCGCCAUGGCGACCAGCGCGUCUAUGGGCUGCACUACAUUGGCCCGGUGGCCGGUGAGGUGAUCCAGGGAUUCGCGGCCGCUCUGAAGUCCGGCCUGACCAUCAACACGCUGAUCAACACGGUGGGCAUCCACCCGACGACCGCCGAGGAGUUCACCCGACUGGCCAUCACCAAGCGCUCGGGACUGGACCCCACGCCGGCCAGCUGCUGCAGCUAAGCGCUCGGGACAGCAGCUCCAGCCGCCUGGGACGCCGCCCUCCUCCACCCGGAUCCCCCGAAUUGUAGAUGAAUGGUUGUUGCGUUGCCGCGGCCCAGCGAUCGAAGAGUUCACCACCACCACCACCACCAGUUCCCCGUUCAAGUAGUUUCCACAAUUAACACAGCAACAACACCCAAAACAAUAGCUCUGCGCAAGGGAAGGGCGCUACUGGGCAGCGGAGACGGGUGGACGACCGACCUCCUACAGUGGUGGUGGAACUGCCCGCGCGACCAGCCCGUCCCACGACUGCUGCGCCGCCGACAUGCACUCAAAAUUUUGAUUUGUUUAAACCCAUGAAGUUAUCCACGAAAUCCCCUAAUGUAUGGUUGGAAAAUAUAAUUUUUCACCCACAAAAAACCAA